CUUGACAGAGCUAUGGCGUUCCAGGGCGCCAGGGUUCCUCUCAAUUGGUGGCAGCGCGCGGCCGUCGUGGCGGGAUCGGCAGUGGGAGCUGCGCUGAAUCCCGCUAGGGCGGAUCUCGUCGCUGCUCUGGGCGAGACCACGGGAGGAUUUGCGUUCCAGCGAAUGCUGGAGCGUAUGGAGCGAAGCCCCGAGGGCCAGAGAAUUCUCGCGGAGCGUCCCAGAGUGACAUCGUCGGCAAUGUCUCGCGCCUGGGAUCUUCCACCCAAUACCUUUGGCGCCGCCUACGCCCAGUUCAUGGGAUCCAGGAACUUUAGCCCCGACGAUCGCCCUCCAGUUCGAUUUCUAGAGUCCGAGCAGCUCGCCUACGUUGCGACACGAGCCCGGGAAGUUCACGACUUUUGGCACGUCCUCUUUGGCCUGCCCACCAGCGUCAUGGGAGAGCUCGCCUUGAAAGCUCUCGAGUUCCAGCAGACCACCAUGCCGAUGUGCUUCCUCUCGGUUGCCGGAGCUUCGUGGCGGCUCAAGCCACACCAGAGGGACGCGCUCUUCCGGGAGUUCAUCCCCUGGGCUUUCAAGGCUGGGAACUCCGCCACGGACCUGAUGUGCGUUUACUACGAGCAGCACCUGGACGAAGAUCUGGAAGACGUUCGCAACAAGUGGGGCAUCAUUCAUGCGCCGGCGCUACGAAAAAAAUAGUUUUUCCGAGCCUCCUCAACUCUUCAACUUCGCCCAAGCUCCUGUGAGCCUCUUCUUCUACAGGAGCUUUGGUGCUGGAUAAAAGGUUGAGCAGAAACUUGCCUGUGCACGAAUGUAGAAGUCAUUAGAACCGGAUCGCAAAAGCUCAGGUACUUACAUUCUCCUGA